GUUAGCGAAUCCUCUCAGAUUUUUUCAGUGUCGCAAUCCGAGAGAAAGAACGUACGUUUUCAACGGUAUAUGGAAGAUGCGCAUUCUGUAAUACCUUGCUUGAAUGAUGAUCCUGGUGUUUUCUAUGCCUCCGUUUUUGAUGGUCAUGGAGGGCGCGAAACUGCAGACUUUGUAAACGCUCAUUUGCCAAAGAACCUAAUUAAUGCCCUAUCUUCUGGAGAAAUGGAGACAAUAGAACAGUGUCUUGAGUAUGCGUACUAUUUUACCGACAUCGAAUCAAAGAAUGAAGACAUGAAAAAUAGCGGUUCUGCAGGUGUUACUAUUUUAUUGCUGAACGAGGAGGACCAGCGUGUUUUGUAUAGUGCAAACGCAGGUGAUUCCCGCUCUGUUCUUUUUGCAGAUGGAAAGACGAUUCGAUUGUCUUAUGAUCAUAAGGCCUCCGACCCUGCUGAAGAAAAACGGAUUACAGACUUGGGAGGUGUCAUCAUGAAUAAGCGAGUUUUCGGUAUUCUCGCAGUUUCACGCAGUUUUGGCGAUCAUUCAUACAAGCGUUAUGUAACAGCUCGCCCCUAUAUCACUAGGACGGAGUUGUCAGAGGACGCAGAGUUUGUAGUGGUCGCAUGUGAUGGUGUUUUUGACGUGCUUUCGGACGAAGACGUGACUCGCUUGGUAAAGACCGAGGCGAAAGAAGGACGUCUAGCUAGUUGUGCAGAGAAGAUUAUUCAGGAGGCCGUGGAUCAUGGAUCGACGGACAACAUUACUGCGAUCGUGGUGGGUUUAAAGCCGGUGGAGCAGUGGUCGUAGCGCCAAGUGUUACAAGCUACAGGCUGCAAGCUGCAAGUUAGGAGCUAUCAGCUACGAUCGAGUGAAUGCCUCUUUGAAUAAAUGAAGGAGUAGUGGUGUGCGUU